CUACUGUAUCUGUCUAAACAGCACACAGACAGUUGUCAAAUAGUUUCUAUACCGUCUUCGGUCUUACUAAAACGGUUACAAAGAAACACGCACGUUCUAUGAUUUUACGUCAGGUAAUCAUAAAGCAGAACUCAGGAUUCCUAUCAUGUUGUAAAACAACACCACUUCAUCCAGCAUGCAGAGAGAAGUGUGGAGUGAGUGGCAGGCGAGCUUGAUUGUAUUAACCCUUCGCACCUAUGUUAUUUAGACUUUAUGUUGAACCGCACCAUGUCCACCGAUUAACCAAACAGAUUGCCACUGUACACACACUCUCACCAGGAUGGCUGAAGAACGCAGGGUCUGUAGCAGUGCCCCACAAGUUGAGUCAAAGCCUCCCUCUUCAUCCUCUUCAAUAAGGGAACUGGAAUCUAAAAACUUGCAUCUCAGAAGGAAGUUAAGCUCAGUGGAGGAAGAAAGUGUUUCUGUGAUGCAAGAAAACAGACAACUGAUCAUUGAAUUGGAAGCAGUGAAUCUCGAACUUGCCAGCUCCAAAACCAAAGUCCGGGUUCUGGGUUCCACCGUAGGGUCUAAGACUUCUAGUGUGUGUCAUAUGAAGGAGGAGAUUGAGGGUAUGAAGGCUGAGGUUGAGGCCCAAGGGAAUGCACUCAGAGAUACAGAAAAGAGGCUGGAGGAGACUGAAGAGACAUUGGUUAUUAAGAGCAGACUAGUGGACCAGCUACAAGAGGAGCUGAAGGCUGCUAGGGCUGAGUUAGAAAACAGGACUAAUCAGGGGAUAAGAGUUGAGCAACAGAGAAAGGAAGCUCUUGUUACUGCAGAGAGGCAGACAUUGGCUCUCCGGAGUUACAAGGGAAAUAUGUCUGAGAAACUGAAGAAGGUGUUGGACAACGAGGCCAGAUUGAAGGAGGCUCUUAUCCAGUGUGAUAAAGAGAGAGUGGUGUGGGAGAGGAGGUGUCUUCAGCUAGAGCAGGACAAGACCGAAAUGAACCAGCUGAUCGGUCAGUUGAAGGAAGAGUUGGUCAGAACCAAGGCGAUGAGUGUAGAGAGCGCCACGUUGCGUUCUCGUCUGGAAGAGGCCUCUGUCCGGGCUGUGGAGCUGAAGAGAAGACUGAGUGACAGGGAGAUAGUUGAGAAGGACAUAGAGGUGUUGCGGAAGGAGUGUAGGGACCUACGCCACCUCACUACCAGCCAGGAGCAGAGACUGGAGCACUGUCAGAGAGAAGCACAGCAGAGCCAGGCUGAACAGGCCAGCCUAGAGGCCAUCCUCAGCCUGCUGCAUCUUAGAGAGAGUGGAGGGGGAUCACUCUGUGCUAAGCCUUGUCUGCCAGCUCCAUUCUGUGAUGUUCCCAAACUCAAGCCAGGGGAGCAGUACCAGCAGCUGCUGCCUGUGUUGCAUGCUGUGGAGCAGGAGAGAGUCAGGCAGGCAGCUCUAGCCCUGGACCUGCAGGAGAGACUAAAGCAGGCCCAGGUGGAGCUGACUGCCCUACAGAACAACAUGAACCAGAGAGACCUCCAGCUACAGAAACGGCACACAGAGCUGCAGGAGAGGACAGUACAAAUUAACCAGCUGGAGAGAGAGGCGGCUCUCGUCCUGGGCCUGCAGGAGAGACUAAGGCAGGCACAGGAGGAGAUGACUACCCUACAGAACAACAUGAACCAGAGAGACCUCCAGCUUCAGAAACUACACACAGAGCUGCAGGAGAGGACAGUACAAAUUAACCAGCUGGAGAGAGAGUUAAGGAGGAAGAACGUCUGCCUGGCAACUACAGUGCAACAGUUAGAGAAGAAAGAUGCAGGACUUUCACAGGCUGUAGAGAAGACCACUGAGUUGGAGCAGAACCUGCUGGAGAAGAGCAGCAGUAUCCAGCACUUUAAAACCACUCUGGACUUGAAGAAGAGGGAUUUCCAGCAGGAGUUGGAGGAGACUCAGAGAGUUGGCUCAGAGCAACGUAAGAAGCUACAGGAUCAAAUCAAAAUGUUGCACUCUCAGAAAGCAGAGCUGGAGAACGACUUGUCUUCAGCCCAGCAUGAGAGACAGGAGGCCCAGCACAGAGCAGAGAGACUUCAGACCUCCCUCAACCAGCUCGCGCAUGAUACAGAGACGAGAGCCAAUCAAGACCAGGAGGCCUUGAGAGCUCUCAGAGUGCAGGCAACAGAGUAUACUACCAAGGUGAGGUUUUUGGAGACAGCCCUGACAACAUGCCAAGAGGAGUUGAGCGACUGUAUGCUACAGAUAAAGGGAGUGAAGGGACGCUACGAGAGAGAGCUGGAGACUAACGCUAAACAAGUGGAGGCUCUGCAGGCGGAGAUGAGGGGUAGCUCUCUGGUGUGUCAGAGCUCCAGUGAGCAGAACUUGCAGCUGCAGCACACCGUCCAGAGACAGCAGACCAUGCUGCAGGAGAGCACCUCCCGUGUGGCGGAGCUAGAGGACAGACAGGCACUGUUACUGGAGCAGGUGGGCCGCUUGGAGAAGGACCUGGAGAAAGAGAAGGUGUUAGCCUUCAAAGAGCUGAAGAGGAGAGACCAGAGAGCCCAGGAGGCCAUAGAGGGACUGCAGGAGGCUAGUCAGCAGGCAGCGAGACAUGAGAGAGAAGCCCUGCAACUCUCCAACUCUGUCACGCAGUUGUCAGAGGACAUGAAUAAGGUUCAGGGAGAGCUGAGUGAGCGAGAGCAGCAGAUGCUGCUUAUACGGAGAGACAGCGACACCAAGGCCUUACAGCUCUCUAAGAUGGAGAAGAUGCUAGCUGAGACCAGAGGAAAGCUGGACAAGAAGACAGAGUCUGUCCAGGAUCUGGAGGAGAAGGUGCGUUUCACCAGGAAGGACAGGAGGAACUCCCUGCACCGCACCCAGCUGCUGGAGAGCCAGAUGAAGACGGUGAAGGGAGAGCUGGUGGACACACUGGACCACCUGCAGGAGCUACGAGACCGGUUGGAAUGCUCACAGGCCAACGCAGAGCAGCGCAAAGUUGACAUGGAGAAACUGCAAGCAGGGAUGAGGGUGAUACACAGUCAGUUGGAGGAGACAUGUAGAGAGUUGGAGCAAAAGAAACAGGAGAUUAUAGACAAAGACACAGAAAUUAAGGAAAGGCAGGAGGAACUUGAACUAAAAUCCCUCCAGCUCAGUAAAUUAGAGGCUGUUGUAGAGAGUCAUACACAGAAGAUGCAGCAGAAGCUCAUCCUCCAACAGGGGACGCUGGAGAUUUCCCAGAGAGAGGCCAAGGAGAGAACCAACCAGGUGGAGUUUCUGAGUGAGAGGCUGGAGUUGAUACAGAAACAACUGCAGGGAAAGGAGGACCUGGAGAAGGAAGCCUUAGUCCAGGGCCAGCAGCUGUUUCUGUGCAGGGAGAAGCUCCAGAGGACAUCUCACAACCAGGAGAUGCAUAGUCGCUGUGAGAGCCUGGCAAUACAGCUAGAAGAAAGUGUUCAGUUAUGCCGUGAAAAGGAGAACCAUGCCAGGCAAAUGGAGGAGGAGCAGGGGAGGAUGGAGGAGCAGGCUGCCCAGACUGAGGCCAGACUCCAGGCUACAGUGGCCUCCCUCAGACUGGAACUUGACACACUGAGAUGGCUGCAACAGAAUGAGCUGUCAGCUCUACAGGAGAGCCAGGCGGAGGUGCUGAAAGCGUCAGAGUGUGUCUCCGCCACCCUACGCAGCUCCCAGGAUCAGCUGACCUCUGAACUACAGCAUGCCAGACUACAGCUGGAGGAGGCCCAGCACAACACCACCGCCCUGUUGGCAGAACUCAACACCAGAGAACAGCUGCUGCAGAGGACCAGCGAGACCCUGCUCAUCAAGGAAUCCGAAAUGACACGUCUAAGGACCAAGAUCUCCAGCUUUGAGAGAAGCAAGGAGCUCCAUAAAAUAGCUGUUUGCUCUUGUAUCAGGUCACAACCCUACAGCCCCCUCCCUAAUCCCACCACAAAGUAAGAGAGGAGACCGAUAAAGAAUACCUUUUGUUGACAAAUAUACAUUUUAUUUUGAAUAUGAGAAAGUACUUUCGGACAAAUUAAAUGCUUUUGUUUUUAUUGUAUUGUCUUGUAGCAUGCACAAAUGCUUGUUGGAGUGUAAUGUGCUGAUUCAGAAUGCACUUUUGAUUGCGCAUAUGACUAUUUGUAUUUUGUUGUUUACUAUUACAGUAACAUUCAGCAGGUCUAAACACCAAUUCUAAUUAUUGACAACAUAUGAUAAACCACUGUGAAACGUGGCAGUGUUACAGCAGUGUUACGCCCUUAUUUGUCUGUUCCAAGUGAUCUGUGCCAUUAGUAUUGCUGCACGGAGAAGAGCUGCUCUCUGCAGGAAAUUAAACGGAGCAGCAUCUGCAGGCGAUUUGAUCCUAAUGCUACCUCCAAAUCGCUUCCCUUGCUCAUCCUAGGAGUGGCUAUGUAGGAUUCCUUAUGAUCCUAGGAGAUAUGGAGCAAAGCAAUCUGGCUGUGUCACAAAUGGCACCCUAUCCCCUACAUAGUGCACUACUUUUGACCAGAGCCCUAUGGGACCAGAUCAAAAGUAAUGCACUAUAGGGUUCCAUUUGAGAAGCAUUCGUUGUCUCUGCCAGGUUUACGUUAAAGGUGAGCCAUUCAAAAAUCAUGUAAUUGCACAGAGUGAGUCCAUGCAACUUAUUAUGUGACUUGUUAAGCAAAUGUUUACUGGUUAACUUAUUUAGGCUUGCCCUAACAAAGAGUUUGAAUACUUCUUAUUGACUCAAGACAUUUCAGCUCUUCAUUUUUUAUUAAUUUGUUAACAUUUGCAAAAAACAAAAUCCACUUUGACAUUAUGGGUUAUUGUGUGUAGAUCAGUCACACACAUGUUCAAUUUAAUACAUUUUAAAUUCAAGCUGUAAUACAACAAAUUGUGGAAAAAGUCAAGGGGUGUGAAUACUUAAUGAAGGCACUGUGUAUCCUCAAUCUCUCUUCAAUUUGAUUGUCUUUUAGGACAAGAGCAGACUCAAAAUAUUCACAGAUUGUGUCUGGAUAUGUUUGUCGGUGUGCUUUUAUUUACGUGUGUGUGUGUGUGUUUGUAACAGCAUGCCUGCAAGUGUGUGUGCACGUGCCUGCGAGUGUGUGCACGCUUCUGUGUGUGUGUGUGUGUGUGUGUGUGUGUGUGUGUGUGUGUGUGUGUGUGUGUGUGUGUGUGUGUGUGUGUGUGUGUGUGUGUGUGUGUGUGCGUGUGCGUGUGCGUGUGUGUGUAUACAACAGACAAAAGCAGCAGAAUGUGCUGAGGCAGCAGUCUGUGGUAGGAGGAGUGAUGGUGAUGGACCCAGCCCUAACCUGAGGCGACUGCUAGCCCUCAGUCAUUCCAGGGCAGAGGUACAUGCCUGCCCCCUCUGUCACACUGCCACGUGGGGAACAAAGUGGCCAAAUACCCCAGCUGCUGACAGCUCAGCACCACACAAUAGCAGCCAGAGACCCAGGCUGCAGCCCAAAUGGUACCCUAUUCCCUAUACAGUGCACUACUUUUGACCAGAGUCAUAUAGGUAAAAAGUAGUAUAUAGGGAAUAGGGUGCCCAUUGGGAUGCUACACAGGCCCAAGCUGCUGAACUCUACUGCCAAUGUCCAGCCACAUUCUUUACGCAUCACACUUGAUUUAGUCUCUUGUGUGCGUGCGUCUGAACCAAAAUGCAUACAUUGGGUUCCUGUGCUGGACACUGUCUUUUUUUAAUCUCUCUAUUAGACAGUAUUCUUCCUCUUCCUUCUAAGGGUCCCUGACACAAACUUCAUUUUUCAUACACUGUAAUGGAAAAGUGUCAUUUAUACGGUCAUUUUGGGUAUUGUCAACAGUCAAAUGCUGUAAAACAUUUUACUGCAGCAUACUUUAAAUUAUGAUACAUUAUGGGGAAAUGUGGGUGGGAAAAUAAUUGCUGUAUUUCUAAUGGUACUGUAAUUCUA